AAGUGUCUGUUGUUCACGGACCAUGUCAACAUCACCGGUGGGUACGUGAAGGCAACGUCAGCGUCACGUGUCUGCUCAUGGUCGUGAAGACGGUUCCUGGACUUUUCACUUGUUUUUAAAAAACGAGAUCAAUAUUCUCACCGUUAAACUUCAGCAGCUGAUCAACGAGCUAUGAUCAGUUUACGUCAGAUUUCCCGGACGCGGCUCGUCGGGACCGGAAGUGUCCUCCUGGGCCGCCUGCAGCUCGUCGGUGGAGCUUGUCAGGUAUCUGCUCCCGAAACCAACAGGCUGCUCCUCGUGAGCGUGUUACUGUGUGUGGCCGCCGCACAACAUGUGGACAACAUCUGUCCCUCCAGCUGCGGUGCUGACUGCGGGGAACCUACAGUGCACCGAGAGAGACCACUGUGCACCAAGAGUGAGGAGGUGCGCUUGGCGGAGGAGGCCAGCAGGAGGUACGGCUCCCCGGCUCCAACCAUCUUCUCCAAAGUGAUUGACAGAAGCAUCCCUGCAGAUAUUAUAUAUGAAGAUGAGAAGUGUUUGGCAUUCAGGGACAUCAUGCCACAGGCCCCUGUUCAUUUCCUGGUCAUUCCCAGGGUCCCUAUUCCCAGAUUAAGUGAAGCCAAAGAUGAUGAUGCUGAGCUUUUAGGACACUUGUUGGUCGUCGCCAAAAAUGUGGCAAAGCAAGAAUCUCUGAAAGAAGGAUACAGAGUCGUGAUCAACGAUGGAAAGCACGGUGCUCAGUCAGUUUACCACCUUCACAUCCACGUCCUGGGAGGAAGACAGAUGACCUGGCCUCCAGGAUAAUGGCCUCAUGUGAACGCUAAUGUAUCAACAUAAUAUACAAUUGGUGUCGUUAAUCCAAAACAUUUAAAUCCUCAUUCCAUUUCCUGAACGUUAAACUCAGCUCACAAAAUACGAGAUGUAAAUAUGUCGAUGAAAAGUUAAUCAUGAAGAGUAAAGACAUUAUGUUUGAUACAACUGCAAAUAAAGAUUAUAUGUCUAAAUUUGAAA